AUGCUGGUCCUGGUGCUGGUGGUGCUCAUCCCCGUGCUGGUCAGCUCCGUGGGCACCGACGCCAGCCACUACGAGAUGCUGGGCACCUGCCGCAUGGUCUGCGACCCGUACCUGAACAAGGGCACUCCGGCCAGCACCACCGGCUCCAGCGACGUCCAGGGGGAGGCGGAGGCGCUGAGCGAUCACAGCAACAUGCCCUCCACGCUGGUGCAGGGCCCCCAGGGCAAGCCGGGCAGGCCGGGGAAGCCCGGACCCCCGGGGCCGCCCGGGGAGCCGGGUCCCCCUGGGCCAAUUGGCCCCCCCGGAGACAAAGGGUCUGGGGCAAGGACUGGGAUUUUGGGCAUGGGGAAUGGAGCUAUCAGCACAGCCACCUACAGCACGGUGCCCCGCGUGGCCUUCUACGCAGGGCUUAAGAACCCCCAUGAAGGCUAUGAGAUCCUCAAGUUUGACGACGUGGUCACGAACCUGGGCAACAACUACGACGGCAUCUCUGGCAAGUUCAUUUGCAGCAUUCCAGGCACCUACUUCUUUAUCUACCAUGUGCUGAUGAGAGGAGGGGACGGGACCAGCAUGUGGGCAGACCUCUGCAAAAACGGACAGGUGCGAGCCAGUGCCAUUGCCCAAGACGCAGACCAGAACUAUGACUACGCCUCCAACAGCGUCAUCCUCCAUCUGGAUGCCGGAGAUGAGGUCUACAUCAAGCUGGACGGUGGCAAGGCUCACGGCGGCAACAACAAUAAAUACAGCACCUUCUCCGGGUUCAUCCUCUACGCUGACUGAACCCACGUAGGAGGCGUCGCCCAGGCGAAAGGAGGCGUCGCCCAGGCGAAAGGAGGCGUCGCCCAGGCGAAAGGAGGCGUCGCCCAGGCGAAAGGAGGCGUCGCCCAGGCGAAAGGAGAGAGAGAAAAAAGGAAGAGGGAGAUUGAGAGUGUUGUGAGGGGGAAGGAAGGGGUUAAAAGCCGGAAUGCUUUCUAGUUUCCUGUUUCUCUCCACUGUCAUGCAAAGCUCUUAUACACAUCAGUCCCAAAUCAAGGUUCUUCAACUCAGAUGGACCUGCCAGUCUGCCUUGGUCAAAGGGAGAGAGGAGAGGGUGUGUGUGUUUGGGGGGGGUUAGGGGGUAAUGAAACAAGGGAGAAAUAGAUGCUUAUCUCUCAUAAGAAUUCAAACCCAUCAGUUGCUCCUUACUUUCGGAGUAUCCCGCCUCUUCAAACUGGAAAAUAAACCAUGAACCACCCAUAAACUAGAUCUGUCCACAUCAUCGCAACCCAAACUAGAAAAUAGUGGUCUAUAUGGACUCUGUUGACUGAAGUUCCCCUGUGUUGUCACUGUGUGCUUCUUCAUUUCACACAGUGAUGCCUGGCCAUUCUCAUGGCGUUGAGUGUGACGUCAGCUGGGAGAACAGGAACACAGGCUUGGUUUGUGGGCGAAUGUUGUUCAUGCAAAGCGUUUUAGACAACAUUACGUUUUCCCUUGUCCCAUCCAAUGUAUCUAAAAAAAAAAAAAAAAAGGCAAAUACAGUGUCUGCGCUUGCCCUUCCCCAGUCCCUGUCAUCCAAUCCUAUUUGUCUACACAGGGGCCCCGUGGGUGGAUAAUAGACUCAAAUGUAUAUUAGAUGUUCUUUUUUAUGUAUAUAUCCUCCUCUGCACCACCAGUUGUGCAACAAAGCAAAAUAUUCAGAUUCUGAGGUAACCUAUUUUAUGAAAACCAAUGUCCAUUACUUCAGCUCCAUCCGCAGGAGAACUCCGGUGUGGGGAAGUUAAACAACGAAAGCGGAAAUAGGUGUGCGUGUUUGGGGGAGAAAAUAGAAAAGAGAGAAAAGGGAGAGUGGUGUUUUCUAUGGCGAGGUCAAUUUUCUGUUUCAGUGUGUCUCUGGCUUCACUGGAUGCCAUUCAUUCAUUAGCUGCAUAUUCACUGAUACACAAGCAUUAUGGUAAUAUUUACUCAACAUUGCAGGCUGACAGCUUGUUUGAGGAUUCAAUUGAUUUGUUGAGUGACUUCGCUUGUUUAGCACCAUGUGUUUGUGUGUGUGUGUGUUUGUGUGUGUGUGUGUGUGUGUUUGAGUGUGUGUGUGCACUUGCGGAUGCGUGUGUGUGUGUGUGUGUGUGUGUGUGUGUGUGUUACUGUAUGUGAGUACAUACAUCAGAGCAUGUGCUGUGACAUUGCUACAUUGUUGUUUUUCUGUUAUUCUGUGCUACAGCCAAUGACAGACAUUUUACUCAACCAAUGAGACUGCAUCGUGUAGAGAGGGCAACCUCUGUAGAGAGGACAAGAAGAACAAACAGCUUGUAAAUUAAAUCUAUGCUAUGUUUGUCUAUCUUAUUUUAUCUUUUGGAAUUGUUGAAUACAUUUAAAUAAUAAAUGGAAUUUUUGGAGUCA